AUGGACAAUCCCCUCGACCUUCCCGGCAUCCACUCAGCCGCCACCUCGACAGAGGGCACACCUGCGCCGCCCUCUCCCCGCUUUGCCCCCCCAUCUCCAGCUCCAGACUUGGGGGAGACCAAGGCUGACGCGCGCGCACGCCGGAUCGCCACAGCCGUCGUCCGCUCCAGGACAGAAUACAAGCUUGAGCAUGGGUAUACUGAGCGGGGUUGGUUUCUCAGCACCGACCAAGCGGGCCCAUCCAAGAAAGACCGCCAGCACGUCGAGUACGCGUCCACCUACCGUGCCACUGUUCCCCAGGAUGCAGAAGAUGCUGCCCGCGCACUGGCCGACAUCCGCGCUCUGCCGCCCAAGCAGCUGCCGCGCGAGCUGAUCACAACCGCAAUCCGUGCCGCCAUACUCGCUCACUUGCCCCAGGAUGCGGCGUCUCUCGCGCGCGAGGCUCGGACACACUGGCGCGCCAACGUCGGCCUUGCGGUGGAGGCGAGUGCGGCCCUGGCUGGAGCCGGCGCAGUUGCUGGUCUAGAGGCGCUCACGACCGCUGUUGAUGCGUUGGCGGCGUCGCGGGCGUGGGCAUUCGGACCUCUCUUCCUUCAAGAGGGCGAGGAGCGCGGUAUGCCUAGGCCUGUGGAAGGGGGUGCAGGGCUGCGGGCGGCUCUGGCGGCCGUCGAGGUUGAGGAUAUCGCCCGGGCGCUGGAGCUGGAGGACACUGAGGAGCGCAAGCUCCUCCAGGCGGCCAAGCGGCGCAUGGAAGGGGCUCUUGGGCGGCAGGUGGACGAGGUUGAGGCGAUCCCCGGCGAGCGCGUGGAGCGUGGCGUGCGCGAGUUGUAA